CUUCAGUAUUCCUCAGAUAGUGGUUUACAUGAUAAAACCUAAUGGCUCCAAGGACUACAUGUGAAUUUUAAACAGUGCCUUAUAAAUGCAGAAGUGUGUGUCCCUGCCUCAGUUUGAACACAUGUGUCAGUAAAUUGUCAUGAGUGCAGGGCAGAGCUGCAGAAUCAAUCACUGGAGACUGGAAAGAAUCCCAUUAAUCCUAACUUUGACUUUCAUGACACUGCUUGUUUGUUUUUGAUGGGGAUUGGCUACUGAGGAAAUGAAAACAACAUUAGGUAGACUGGUUUCAAAAGCAGCUUUUGGUUUUGCAAGAAAAUUCUGGGUUGGCGCACUAAAUAUACAAUGUUUUCUUGGAUUUGAAAUCUAAGAAACUACAUGCUUCAGACUGGAAGUGUGAGUAUGGUUUAUCUCAGGGGUCCACAAAACACCAUUGCUAAAAAUGUGUGGGGAAUAUGAGGGGAGAGAGGUGGCACUGAAAGGUUACUUUGUGAGAAUUUGUCACUCUGCAAACACCUCCUCUGUUGUGUUUCAUUACCUUUUUGCACAUGUGAAUAUGCAGCCCUAGAGAGUCUUGACUGAAUGUGUUUAUACUGCAUUCCUAAGGCGUUUUUGGUUACAUCUGGUGGUUGCUUUUUGAGUGUCUAUUUGGAUUCCGAAGUGGGUUUAUCCUAAAGCAAACAAACAGUGAGGAGCUGCCCGAGGUUUCUUGCUCUGCUUGGGCUGUUCUUGAACCGGCAUAAAGGUGUUUUCAGCUAUAGAGCUGAAUGGGAUUGGAAGUGGCAUAAAGCUGGAUAUAACCUGGUUUUUGUGCACUGAACGGUUUUUGCAUGAACUGGACCAAAAAAGUGACAUUUUCUUGCUAUUCUUUCUUCACAGCUAUCCAUCCAGAGAAUUAAACAUCCUGAAGAAUGGCUCUACUUAUCUCCAAGUAUCUGGCUGGAAAUGUCUUUUUUCUUCUGUUUGUAAUCUCUUCUGUAAGCACAGCAGAAGCAGCUGUCACAUGUCCUGAUAAGGAUCCUGAGCUAGAAAACUGGAACCCAGGUCACAAUGAAGAAAACCACAUUGAGAUCAGUAAUGGCAGGAAGUUCCUUCUCUCUUCUUCUGCGACUGUCCACUCUAUCCACAUCACUGAUGGAGGAAAACUGGUCAUUAAAGAUGAUGUGCAGCCUAUCAUUUUGCGUACCAGACAUAUACUCAUUGAAAAUGAUGGAGAAUUACAUAUUGGCAGUGAGAUGUGCCCUUACCAAAGCAACGUGAUUAUCAUCUUAUAUGGGCGAGCGGAUGAUGGCAGCCAGCCGAAUCCCUACUUUGGGAAGAAGUAUCUUGGAGUAAGUAAGGGUGGCACUCUUGAAAUCCAUGGAAAGAAAAAGCUGUCCUGGACUUUCUUAAACAAGACUCUUCAUCCUGGUGGAAUGGAAGAAGGUGGAUAUUACUUUGAAAGGAGCUGGGGCCAUCGGGGUGUCAUUGUCCAUGUUAUUGACCCAAAGACUGGGGCAGUUGUCCAUUCAGAUCGGUUUGACACCUACAGAGCAAAAGAGGAAAGCAUACGUCUUGCCCAGUAUUUGGGCAGAGUUGAGAAUGGCAUGAUCCUGUCAGUUGCAGUGAAUGAUGAAGGAUCUAGAAACUUGGAUGACACGGCCAGAAAAGCAAUGACCAAACUGGGCAGCAAGCAUUUCCUCCACCUUGGGUUUAGGCACCCAUGGAGUUUUAUUACUGUUAAAGGAAAUCCCUCCUCUUCUGUUGAAGACCACAUUGAAUAUCAAGGUCACAAAGGGUCAGCUGUGGCCAAAGUAUUCAAACUAUUCAAAGCUGAGAAUGGAGAACAUUUUAACGUCUCUUCAGCUAGUGAGUGGGUUCAAGAUGUAGAAUGGACAGAGUGGUUUGAGAAGCCUGAUAAAGCAAGAUAUAAGGACAUGGAGAAGCUUUCUGACUUCAAAGCUGCUCAUCCUGAUAAAAUCUGUAGGCAACCCAUUGACAUCCAGGCAAUGACGCUUGAUGGAGCUCAUUUAACAACUGAAGUGUUCUACAAGGGUGGCCAUGAUUACAGGUUUCUGUGCCAUGGGAAGGACCAGACAGGCGAGGGCUGCCAGAACUACAGAGUACGGUUCCUGUGUGGCAGAUCUGUGAAACCGAAGCUUACGGUAACCAUUGACACCAAUGUGAACAGCACGGUCCUGAAUCUGGUGGAUGACGUGAGCUCAUGGGAACCUGGAGACAGGCUGGUGGUUGCAAGCACCGACUACUCCAUGUACCAGGCGGAAGAGUUCCAAGUGCUGCCAUGCAAAGCCUGCAGACCCACCCAGGUCAAGGUAGCAGGGAAAGCAACAUACCUCCACACUGGUGAAGUGAUUGAUGGUGUUGACAUGAGGGCAGAAGUGGGGCUGCUGAGCCGCAACGUCGUGGUGAUGGGCGAGAUGGAGGGGCAGUGCUAUGAGUACAGCAGCAAGUUAUGCUCCUUCUUUGAUUUCGACACCUUUGGGGGACACAUCAAGAUUGGUCUUGAUUUUAAGGCUACUCAUAUUGAAGGUCUAGAACUGAAAUACAUGGGCCAGCAGACGAUGGGACAUUACCCAAUUCAUUUCCAUAUGGCUGGAGAUGUGGAUGAGAAAGGAGGCUACAACCCUCCGACAUACGUGAAGGAUGUCUCCAUCCACCAUACUUUUUCCCGCUGUAUCACAGUCCAUGGAUCCAAUGGUUUACUGGUGAAGGAUGCUGUGGGUUAUGAUGCACUGGGCCAUUGCUUCUUUACAGAGGAUGGACCAGAAGAGCGCAACACGUUUGAUCACUGCCUCGGACUGCUUGUUAAACCUAGCACUCUGCUCCCCUCUGACCGAGACAGCAGGAUGUGCAAGCUGAUAACAGAGGGUGCUUACCCAGGGUACAUCCCUAAACCCAGGCAGGACUGUAGUGCCGUAUCCACCUUCUGGAUAGCCAACCCACACAACAACCUGAUAAACUGUGCAGCAGCUGGAUCUGAAGAAACAGGCUUUUGGUUUGUUCUGCACCAUGUGCCAACAGGGCCAUCGGCGGGCAUGUAUUCCCCCGGCUACUCGGAGCAUAUGCCGAUGGGGAAAUUCUUCAACAACCGUGCGCAUUCCAACUACCGGGCUGGAAUGAUCAUCGAUAACGGCGUUAAAACUACUCCAGCCUCUGCCAAGGAUAAGAGACCUAUCCUGACUCUGAUUUCUGGAAGAUACAGCCCACACAAAGAUGCAGAUCCUUUGAAGCCCAGGGAACCUGCAAUAAUUGAGCGCUUUAUUGCCUACAAGAACCAGGAUCACGGGGCCUGGCUGCGGGGUGGAGAUGUGUGGCUGGACAACUGCCAGUUUGCUGACAAUGGCAUUGGCCUGACCUUGGCAAGUGGUGGGACUUUUCCUCAUGAUGAUGGCUCAAAGCAAGAAAUCAAAAACAGCCUGUUUGUUGGUGAGAGUGGAAACCUGGGCACUGAGACGAUGGAUAACGAGAUCUGGGGACCUGGAGGUCUGGAUCACAGAGGAAGGACCCUGCCCAUUGGCCCAGAUUUUCCCAUUCGAGGGAUUCAGUUCUAUGAUGGACCCAUCAAUGUCCAGAACUGCACGUUCCGCAAAUUCGCUGCCCUGGAUGGCCGGCACACCAGCGCCCUGGCCUUCCGCCUCAACAAUGCCUGGCAGAGCUGCCCCAACAACAAUGUCACCGACAUUCAUUUUGAAGAUGUUCCUAUUACCUCAAGGGUCUUCUUUGGAGAACCCGGCCCCUGGUUCAAUGGUCUGGAUAUGGAUGGUGAUAAAACAUCAGUUUUUCAUGAUGUGGAUGGUUCUGUAUCAGAGUAUCCAGGCUCAUAUCUGAUAAAAGAAGAUAACUGGCUAAUCAAGCACCCUGACUGCAUUGACGUGCCUGACUGGAGAGGUUCCAUCUGCAGUGGACACUUUGCACAGAUAUACAUCCAAGCCUACAAACCAGCCAACCUGAAAAUGAAAAUAAUUAAAAAUGACUACCACAAUCACCCACUCUACUUGGAAGGGGCUUUAAGCAAAAGCACUCAUUACCAGCAGUAUCAGCCAGUUAUAACUCUGAGGAAAGGCUACACUAUCCACUGGGACAAGACAGCCCCUGAAGAGCUGGCCAUAUGGCUCAUCAACUUCAACAAGAAUGACUGGAUCCAAGUAGGGUUUUGCUAUCCUAAAGGGACAACAUUUUCCAUUCUCUCAGACAUCCACAAUCGUCUCUUGAAGAAAACAUACAAAACUGGAACCUUCUACAGAACCUCUCAAAUGGAGAAACUGGAGCACAGAUACCCUAACAAAGGAUAUUACUAUUGGGAUGAAGACACUGGGCUGCUGUUUCUGAAACUUAAAUCUCAAAAUGAGAAGGAGAAAUUUGCUUUCUGCUCUGUCAAGGGCUGUGAACGAAUAAGGAUCAAAGCUGUGAUCCCAAAGACGGCUGGCAUCAGUGACUGUGAAGCCAUGGCCUAUCCGAAGUACAUUGAGACACCAAUAGUGGAAGUGCCAAUGCCUAAGAAGCUCUCUAGUGCACAGCUGAAGACUAAGGACCACCUACUAGAAGUGAAAAUAGAAACUUAUAAGAAACAGUACUUCCACCUAAAGGAUGACUUUGCAUACAUUGAGGUUGACGGUGUCAGGUUUUUCCUCACUGAUGAAGGUAUCCAACUGGUUGUGAUUGAUGGUCAUCAUGGAAAAGUUGUUGAUCGAGCAACAGUCAAAAACUCAAUUCUACAAGGAAUCCCAGCACAGAUAGAAAAUUAUGUCAACAACAUCAAAGACCACUCCAUCGUGCUGAUGACAUCUAAAGGAAGAUUCAUUUCAAGAGGACCAUGGACUAAAGUACUGGAAAAACUCGGAGCAGAAGAGGGGUUUAGAUUAAAAGAAAAAAUGGCUUUUGUCGGCUUCAAAGGCAGCUUCCGCCCAGUAUGGGUGAAGCUGGUCACUAAUGAGGACUCGGCUAAAAUCUAUCAAGCACUGCCAAUUCCUGUGGUGAAGAAAAUGAAAUUAUGAGGACACACUGCUCUGCCUUCUGGCUGCCAGCACUGCCCCGUGGGAUGGACUACUGACUGCUCGCCGCAGGCACCUCGCCAGCCUGCUCCAGAGGUGUAGCGUUUUGUUGUUGUUGUUGUUGCUGUUCAAAAUGAAACCUUACUGUAGCUAGAGUGGCCACAUGUGACAGACAAGCCUUCCUCUGUGAUCAGUGUACGUUCUGUGAUCACCAGCUCCUCGCCGGUUGACUUGCUCACUGAUGCCGUGUUGACUCUUGUGUUACUAAGCAAGGUUUGAUCUGGUUUACAAGGUACUGGUUUUGUCAGCACCCCUGUGACAGAUUAAUUUAUGUGCUGCCUCUCGAAAGGGGAGUUCUAGGUCUAAAGGCCAUCAAGGAUUGUUGAUUUUACCAGCCUCUAAGUUGUCCAAACACUUUUUAUUCCUAGUGUAACUUGUGCUAGCUAGUGUAAUU